ACAAGCAUGGCUUCAAGUUUAGCCUGCAUGGGGUCCAAAACAGCAGUUAUCAGCAGUUUUCUGGCGGCUGCCACAUUGAUGUGAACGUGAAGCUGCUGCAGACCAAAUGUCACUUCACCAAUCCCAAACCUGUGGACCAAUGCGAGCUGUGGCAACGGAACGAACGGGGCGCAGUGGCCACCUGCAGCGUUGAGUUUUGGGUCAUGUGGGGGGUGGCCAAAAUCACCAAACACAAAUGCACCACCAGACCAGACCACACCAAAGAUGAGAUGAUGACCCUUUGUCCUUCCUGCCCCAAGUUGUUGUCCCUGAACGACCAGACAGGCGUCAGCGCCGUGCAGCAGGCAGUGCUCCGGUUCAAUCAGGAGAGCAAACACCACAAUUACUUCACCCUGCUGGAAGUGGCUCAGCUGACUGAGGAGUACAUCGUCGCCAUCGGCACCAUCACCUGGCUCAAGUUUGCCCUGGUGGAGACCAUGUGUCCACAAGAGGCCACGCAUACUUUUGCGGCCUGCAUGCCUCGCUGCCCUGACAAAGCUCAUCACAUCUACUGCCAAACCUCCUAUUACAACUCGUACAAACAAGUGGGAGAGCUUGAGUGUGAAACGUACCCACCAAAGAAUUCAGAGACCCUUCCAGCUGGUCAGCCGGAGUCUGUUUGCAUGCCGCCGUUCACCAGAGUGCAGAAGCUUGCAGGUGCAAGGAGCAGCUGAAAAAUCUUGAGCUGUCCAUCCACCACAUUUGUCCCUUCCCGCUGAAGUGAUGUUUUUUUUU